GCAAAGAAGAUCGGCGGCGGUGGCUUCGGGGAGAUCUACGAGGCGUUGGACCUGCUGACCAGGGUCAGUGUUGCUCUGAAGGUGGAGUCAGCACAGCAGCCCAAACAGGUCCUCAAGAUGGAGGUGGCCGUCCUCAAGAAACUCCAGGGUAAACCCCAAUUACGUGUACUUAACCUUCCCCCUGCCCACCCAACCCUACCCUAAACUCAACCAUCAACCACCUGCCCUAAACUCAACCAUAGCUUCCUGCCCUAAUCGCAACCACAAGCCUGCCCUAAACUCAACCACAACCCUCCUACCCUACCCUAAACUCAACCACAACCCUCCUACCCUAAACUCAACCACAACCCUCCUACCCUAAACUCAACCACAACCCUCCUACCCUAAACUCAACCACAACCCUCCUACCCUAAACUCAACCACAACCCUCCUACCCUAAACUCAACCACAACCGUCCUACCCUAAACUCAACCACAACCCUCCUACUCUAAACUCAACCACUAGCCAUCUGCCCAAAACUCAACCAACCCCCUGCCCUAAACUGACCAGUAGUCAUUUCAAAGUAUACAUUCAACCUAAUUUAAUGUCAAGAGAUGGAAUUUAUAUUGUUGUAUAUUUUCUUAAAGGUUCAUGGUCUGCUACUCGAUAAGGCAAAGGGAUACGCUGACUCUGAAGGGUAAUGUAGAGAAAGGAAACAAGGAAGUGUUGGGCGGGGCUAUGUUGGGAUAGAGGGCAGGGCGGGGCUAUGUUGGGAUAGAGGGCAGGGCGGGGCUAUGUUGGGAUAGAGGGCAGGGCGGGCUAUGUUGGGAUAGAGGGCAGAGCGGGGCUAUGUUGGGAUAGAGGGCAGGGCGGGGCUAUGUUGGGAUAGAGGGCAGGGCGGGGCUAUGUUGGGAUAGAGGGCAGGGCGGGGCUAUGUUGGGAUAGAGGGCAGAGUGGGUCUAUGUUGGGAUAGAGGGCAGAGUGGGUCUAUGUUGGGAUAAUAGGCUUAUACUUGAUUCGGGCUACAUUAUUGCAUGCUAAAUGUUUCUGAUCAGUGAUAGAUGAGCUAUACCACCUCCACUUCUUUUUUUCUGCUUUUGUUUAUUUUUAGGGGGUAGAUCAGCUUUAAUAUUGCAGAUAGAUUGUAACUUCCAUCAAUGUAAUUGUCUGCAUCACUUCCAAUCCCCCAUGUUUAUAUAUAUAUAUAUACAUACAUACAUACAUACAUACAUACAUACAUACAUACAUACAUACAUACAUACAUACAUACAUACAUACAUACAUACAUACAUACAUACAUACAUACACAUACAUACAUACAUACAUACAUACAUACAUACAUACAUACACAUACAUAUCCUUAUUAAAAAAAAAAUUUCUUUCCAACCCCACCACCCCUUCCCUAAUUGGAGUAAACUAGUUAACAACAAUGCUUAGACCUCUACUUCCAGCUUAUACUUCCUAUAUACAUUUUAUGGACACAGUCAAUUUUACAAUAAUUAUAUUUUGUUAGUUUUUUCUCCUGAACUUCUUCUACUCGCAACCUCUCCGAUCAUUUUCAUGAUGCCCAUCCGGUUUGCUUCUAUAUGCCAUAUCUUUCUAACUGGGCUCUUUCACAAAAGCUCCCAAGCUCCACUUAUUUGCCCAGCCAGAAACCAAUGAUCAAAUAGCCUAUACAGACGGAGAUUCAGUGAAAGUCAGUGAAGUCACAUGCUUUGGUUCGGGCAUAGGCCCAGGCUACUAAGCGACUGCGAGUGAAAAGCAAAAUAAUCCACUUGUUAAAAUACAUAACAUGCUGGCAAAAUGUUGUAAUAAAUGAGCCAACUAGACAAGAUGAUCAUGAGCAGUACUCACCUUAGCCAACAUUUCCACAGCCUGAUUGUAGCCUAACCAAUAUCCAAACGGAGAUUCAGUGAAAACAAAAAUCGGACAUUGAUUGAGUCCCCACGCUUGUCUCAAAGCAGCGCAAUGACGCUGUCCCAAUCAAAAUGGUUCAGAAAUUAUCAUCUAGUUGACCACACACAUUUAUUACAAUGAUUGGAUGACUUGGGGAGUUUCAGUAAGCAACAAUUUAAUACCUUCAAUUGCAUUAGCCUAGUUUCUUCCAAUUUAUACAAUUUUUGACAUGCGUUUUUCAGGAUUUUUUUGUUGUUAUUCUGUCUCUCACUGUUCAAAUAAACCUACCAUUAAAAUUAUAGACUGAUCACGUCUUUGUCAGUGGGCAAACGUACAAAAUCAGCAGGGGAUCAAAUACUUUUUUCCCUCACUGUAGUUCUAGGGAAGGAUGAUGUAACUUGAAACCAGCUAAACUCUUCCCAUCCUCCCAUCCCCCAACAUUUCUCCUCUAACCUCUUUUUUUCAACAAACAUUGACUGAAAGGCUUAAAGGCCCAGUGCAGUCAAAAACACGAUUUCCUGUGUUUUAUAUAUAUUUCCACACUAUGAGGUUGGAAUAAUACUGUGAAAUUGUGAAAAUGAUGAUAAUGCUCUUUUAGUGUAAGAGCUGUUUGAAAAGACCGCCGGAAAUUUCAGCCUGUUAUGGUGGGAGGGAGUUUUGGCCUGCCUGGUGAGUUCCAAACCUCUCUGCUAAUAACAGAUAGUUCAGUUUUUCCCUUCCCACUCAGGCCACUUCCAAACAGUCCUAGCAAAAUUCUUGCUUGAUAAAUUAGUCUUCGCUAAGGAGCUAUUAUUUUUGUUUUUGGACCAUUUUAAUUGAAAACAAUCACAGUAAGGUACUUAAUUGUUACCCAGAAAUGAUUUGAUAUUGAGAUAAAAUACCUUUAAAAUAAGCCUUUGUAGACUAUUUUAGGGGUGAAAAAAAACAUGUAUGGUAGGCCUAGCCCCUCUCACGCUUUUCAAGCAUUUGCGUGCCGUCAAUUAUGAUGAAGCUGGGAAGGGGAGGAGGAAAAGGAGGAGAGAGAGUGAAGAUGAGGUUGAAAAUGGAGUGAGAGAAUGAGUGUAUGGGAGAGUAGAGUAAAGUGGGGUAGCUCCCUGGUCUGUGCUGCUGUGUGUGUAGAAGGGCUCUGGUCUGUGCUGCUGUGUGUAUAGAAGGGCUCUGGUCUGUGCUGCUGUGUGUGUAGAAGGGCUCUGGUCUGUGUUGCUGUGUGUGUAGAAGGGCUCUGGUCUGUGUUGCUGUGUGUAUAGAAGGGCUCUGGUCUGUGUUGCUGUGUGUAUAGAAGGGCUCUGGUCUGUGUUGCUGUGUGUGUAGAAGGGCUCUGGUCUGUGUUGCUGUGUGUAUAGAAGGGCUCUGGUCUGUGUUGCUGUGUGUGUAGAAGGGCUCUGGUCUGUGUUGCUGUGUGUAUAGAAGGGCUCUGGUCUGUGUUGCUGUUUGUGUAGAAGGGCUCUGGUCUGUGUUGCUGUUUGUGUAGAAGGGCUCUGGUCUGUGUUGCUGUGUGUAUAGAAGGGCUCUGGUCUGUGUUGCUGUGUGUAUAGAAGGGCUCUGGUCUGUGUUGCUGUGUGUGUAUAAGGGCUCUGGUCUGUGUUGCUGUGUGUAUAGAAGGGCUCUGGUCUGUGUUGCUGUGUGUAUAGAAGGGCUCUGGUCUGUGUUGCUGUGUGUGUAGAAGGGCUCUGGUCUGUGUUGCUGUGUAGAAGGGCUCUGGUCUGUGUUGCUGUGUGUGUGUAGAAGGGCUCUGGUCUGUGUUGCUGUGUGUAUAGAAGGGCUCUGGUCUGUGUUGCUGUGUGUGUAUAAGGGCUCUGGUCUGUGUUGCUGUGUGUAUAGAAGGGCUCUGGUCUGUGCUGCUGUGUGUAUAGAAGGGCUCUGGUCUGUGUUGCUGUGUGUGUAGAAGGGCUCUGGUCUGUGCUGCUGUUUGUGUAGAAGUGCUCUGGUCUGUGUUGCUGUGUGUAUAGAAGGGCUCUGGUCUGUGUUGCUGUGUGUGUGUAGAAGGGCUCUGGUCUGUGUUGCUGUGUGUAUAGAAGGGCUCUGGUCUGUGCUGCUGUGUGUAUAGAAGGGCUCUGGUCUGUGUUGCUGUGUAGAAGGGCUCUGGGGUGUGGCUGCUGGCCGGAGUCUGGCUGUGAAGCAGGGUCCCCUGAGACAAGCACACACACUCUAACACACGGACACACUCACAGACCAUAAAUCAGUAGGACCAGCGGCAGGCUGAGCUUGGCUGGGUGGCCUGGAUGGGGGAGGGCACUGGAGCACAGUGGAAUGUGAUUAUACUAUGUCAUAAACAAUGCCGUAUUCUACUGUGUCUUCCAGGUAAAGACCACGUGUGUCGCUUUGUUGGAUGCGGCCGUAAUGACCGCUUCAACUAUGUGGUGAUGGAGCUUCAGGUAAGGAUGAGCCUCCUCGUCACCUUGUGUGUCUACACAACUCUAAUUCUCUGUAGUGAUGUCAGUGAGCUGAUGUGACUAAGUGUUAAGUGUUUGUGAGUGAGUAUGGAGGCUACAUGGGUUGUGUGUUUUUAGGGGCGUAACCUGGCAGACCUGAGGCGCAGUAUGACGCGGGGCACGUUUACAGUCAGCAGCACCCUGAGACUGGGACAACAGAUACUAGAAGCUAUAGAGAGCAUCCACUCUGUUGGCUUCCUGCACAGAGACAUCAAACCGGUGAGACAGGCAGGGACUGUGUGUGUGUGUGUGUGUGUGUGAGGGUGGAGUGUGUUUGUGUGUAUGCUUAGGGACUCUAGCUUUUUGGAAUGAAGAGAUCAUCAUCAUCAGCAGUAAUUUGACAUUUUCUUUCUGUGAAAGUGACAAGAAUCAGACUAUAAUUGUUGAUAUUAAAAUCCUUCCUCUUUUUCUUCCCUCUCCUCUCUCUCUCUCUCUCUCUCUCUCUCUCUCUCUCUCUCUCUCUCUCUCCUCUCUCCUCCCUCCUCUCCCUUUUCUCUCUCUCUCUCUCUUCUCUCUCCUCUCUCCUCUCUCUCUCUCCUAUCUCUCUCUCUCUCUCUCUCUCUCUCCUCUCCUCUCCUCUCUCACUCUCUCUCCUCCUCUCUCUCUCUCUCUCUCAUCUCUCUCUCCUCAUAGUCUCCUCUUCCAUCGUCGGCCGUCCCAGUCUCUCCUCUGCUGGACUCUGCGUCUCUCUCUCUCUCUCUCUCCCCCCUAGUCCCUUGCCAUGGCCGGUUCCCAGUACCUGUAGACCUGCUACAUUCUGGACUUUGGUCUGGCACGCCAGUUCACUAACUCCUGCCAAGAGGUCCGACCGGUAAGUGUCUGUCCACAUGUGUGGUUAGACACUGUGGACCGGUUUCCCGGACACAUAUUAAGCUUAGUCCUAGACUACAAAGCGUGCUUAAUGGUGAAUCUAAAUUGAAAUCGCUUUUUUAGUCCGGGACUAGGCUUCGAUCUGUCCAGGAAACUGGCCAUGUCUGUUUGUUGAUUGUGUGCUAUUGUCAUGUAAGGUUCUACUAUGUUAGUCGUACAGCAGCUCUCUCUCCCCCAGCCUCGGUUAGUAGCAGGGUUCUACCAUGUUAGUCAUACAGCAGCUUGAUGUGAAGUCUCUCUCCCCCCAGCCUCGGUUAGUAGCAGGGUUCUACCAUGUUAGUCAUACAGCAGCUUGAUGUGAAGUCUCUCUCUCCCCCCAGCCUCGGCCAGUAGCAGGGUUCUACCAUGUUAGUCAUACAGCAGCUUGAUGUGAAGUCUCUCUCUCCCCCAGCCUCGGUUAGUAGCAGGGUUGUACCAUGUUAGUCAUACAGCAGCUUGAUGUGAAGUCUCUCUCUCCCCCCAGCCUCGGUUAGUAGCAGGGUUCUACCAUGUUAGUCAUACAGCAGCUUGAUGUGAAGUCUCUCUCUCCCCCAGCCUCGGUUAGUAGCAGGGUUGUACCAUGUUAGUCAUACAGCAGCUUGAUGUGAAGUCUCUCUCUCCCCCAGCCUCAGCCAGUAGCAGGGUUCUACCAUGUUAGUCAUACAGCAGCUUGAUGUGAAGUCUCUCUCUCCCCCCAGCCUCGGUUAGUAGCAGGGUUCUACCAUGUUAGUCAUACAGCAGCUUGAUGUGAAGUCUCUCUCCCCCCAGCCUCAGCCAGUAGCAGGGUUCUACCAUGUUAGUCAUACAGCAGCUUGAUGUGAAGUCUCUCUCUCCCCCAGCCUCGGUUAGUAGCAGGGUUGUACCAUGUUAGUCAUACAGUGAGGGAAAAAAGUAUUUGAUCCCCUGCUGAUUUUGUACGUUUUCCCACUGACAAAGAAAUGAUCAGUCUAUAAUUUUAAUGGUAGGUUAAUUUGAACAGUUAGAGACAGAAUAACAACAAAAACAUCCAGAAAAACGCAUGUCAAAAAUGUUAUAAAUUGAUUUGCAUUUUAAUGAGGAAAAUAAGUAUUUGACCCCCUCUCAAUCAGAAAGAUUUCUGUCUCCCAGGUGUCUUUUAUACAGGUAACAAGCUUAGAUUAGAGCACACUCAUAAAGGGAGUGCUCCUAAUCUCAGUUUGUUACCUGUAUAAAAGACACCUGUCCACAGAAGCAAUCAAUCAAUCAGAUUUCAAACUCUCCACCAUGGCCAAGACCAAAGAGCUCUCCAAGGAUGUCAGGGACAAGAUUGUAGACCUACACAAGGCUGGAAUGGGCUACAAGACCAUCGCCAAGCAGCUUGGUGAGAAGGUGACAACAGUUGCUGCGAUUAUUCGCAAAUGGAAGAAACACAAACGAAAUGUCAAUCUCCCUCGGCCUGGGGCUCCAUGCAAGAUCUCACCUCGUGGAGUUGCAAUGAUCAUGAGAACGGUGAGGAAUCAGCCCAGAACUACACGGGAGGAUCUUGUCAAUGAUCUCAAGGCAGCUGGGAUCAUAGUCACCAAGAAAACAAUUGGUAACACACUACGCCGUGAAGGACUGAAAUCCUGCAGCGGCCGCAAGGUCCCCAUGCUCAAGAAAGCACAUAUGCACAUGUUCGUCUGAAGUUUGCCAAUGAACAUCUGAAUGAUUCAGAGGAGAACUGGGUGAAAGUGUUGUGGUCAGAUGAGAACAAAAUGGAGCUCUUUGGCAUCAACUCAACUCGCCGUGUUUGGAGGAGGAGGAAUGCUGCCUAUGACCCCAAGAACACCAUCCCCACCGUCAAACAUGGAGAUGGAAACAUUAUGCUUUGGGGGUGUUUUUCUGCUAAGGGGACAGGACAACUUCACCGCAUCAAAGGGACGAUGGAUGGGGCCAUGUACCGUCAGAUCUUGGGUGAGAACCUCCUUCCCUCAGCCAGGGCAUUGAAAAUGGGUCGUGGAUGGGUAUUCCAGCAUGACAAUGACCCAAAACACACGGCCAAGGCAACAAAGGAGUGGCUCAAGAAGAAGCACAUGAAGGUCCUGGAGUGGCCUAGCCAGUCUCCAGACCUUAAUCCCAUAGGAAAUCUGUGGAGGGAGCUGAAGGUUCGAGUUGCCAAACGUCAGCCUUGAAACCUUAAUGACUUGGAGAAGAUCUGCAAAGAGGAGUGGGACAAAAUCCCUCCUGAGAUGUGUGCAAACCUGGUGGCCAACUACAAGAAACGUCUGACCUCUGUGAUUGCCAACAAGGGUUUUGCCACCAAGUACUAAGUCAUGUUUUGCAGAGGGGUCAAAUACUUAUUUCCCUCAUUAAAAUGCAAAUCAAUUUAUAACAUUUUUGACAUGCGUUUUUCUGGAUUUUUUUGUUGUUAUUCUGUCUCUCACUGUUCAAAUAAACCUACCAUUAAAAUUAUUGACUGAUCAUUUCUUUGUCAGUGGGCAAACGUACAAAAUCAGCAGGGGAUCAAAUACUUUUUUCCCUCACUGUACAGCAGCUUGAUGUGAAGUCUCUCUCCCCCCAGCCUCAGCCAGUAGCAGGGUUCUACCAUGUUAGUCAUACAGCAGCUUGAUGUGAAGUCUCUCUCCCCCCAGCCUCGGUUAGUAGCAGGGUUCUACCAUGUUAGACAUACAGCAGUUUGAUGUGAAGUCUCUCUCCCCCCAGCCUCAGCCAGUAGCAGGGUUCUACCAUGUUAGUCAUACAGCAGCUUGAUGUGAAGUCUCUCUCCCCCCAGCCUCGGUUAGUAGCAGGGUUCUACCAUGUUAGUCAUACAGCAGCUUGAUGUGAAGUCUCUCUCUCCCCCAGCCUCAGCCAGUAGCAGGGUUCUACCAUGUUAGUCAUACAGCAGCUUGAUGUGAAGGCUCUCUCUCCCCCAGCCUCGGUUAGUAGCAGGGUUCUACCAUGUUAGUCAUACAGCAGCUUGAUGUGAAGUCUCUCUCCCCCCAGCCUCGGUUAGUAGCAGGGUUCUACCAUGUUAGUCAUACAGCAGCUUGAUGUGAAGUCUCUCUCCCCCCAGCCUCGGUUAGUAGCAGGGUUCUACCAUGUUAGUCAUACAGCAGCUUGAUGUGAUGUCUCUCUCUCCCCCCAGCCUCAGCCAGUAGCAGGGUUCUACCAUGUUAGUCAUACAGCAGCUUGAUGUGAAGUCUCUCUCUCCCCCCAGCCUCGGCCAGUAGCAGGGUUCUACCAUGUUAGUCAUACAGCAGCUUGAUGUAAAGUCUCUCUCUCCCCCAGCCUCAGCCAGUAGCAGGGUUCUACCAUGUUAGUCAUAUAGCAGCUUGAUGUGAAGUCUCUCUCCCCCCAGCCUCAGCCAGUAGCAGGGUUCUACCAUGUUAGUCAUACAGCAGCUUGAUGUGAAGUCUCUCUCCCCCCAGCCUCGGUUAGUAGCAGGGUUCUACCAUGUUAGUCAUACAGCAGCUUGAUGUGAAGUCUCUCUCUCCCCCCAGCCUCAGCCAGUAGCAGGGUUCUACCAUGUUAGUCAUACAGCAGCUUGAUGUCAAGUCUCUCUCUCCCCCCAGCCUCGGUUAGUAGCAGGGUUCUACCAUGUUAGUCAUACAGCAGCUUGAUGUGAAGUCUCUCUCCCCCAGCCUCAGCAAGUAGCAGGGUUGUACCAUGUUAGUCAUACAGCAGCUUGAUGUGAAGUCUCUCUCCCCCCAGCCUCGGUUAGUAGCAGGGUUCUACCAUGUUAGUCGUAUAGCAGCUUGAUGUGAAGUCUCUCUCCCCCCAGCCUCGGCCAGUAGCAGGGUUCUACCAUGUUAGUCAUACAGCAGCUUGAUGUGAAGUCUCUCUCUCCCCCCAGCCUCGGUUAGUAGCAGGGUUCUACCAUGUUAGUCAUACAGCAGCUUGAUGUGAAGUCUCUCUCUCCCCCCAGCCUCGGCCAGUAGCAGGGUUCUACCAUGUUAGUCAUACAGCAGCUUGAUGUGAAGUCUCUCUCUCUCCCCCCAGCCUCGGUUAGUAGCAGGGUUCUACCAUGUUAGUCAUACAGCAGCUUGAUGUGAAGUCUCUCUCUCCCCCCAGCCUCGGUUAGUAGCAGGGUUCUACCAUGUUAGUCAUACAGCAGCUUGAUGUGAAGUCUCUCUCCCCCCAGCCUCGGCCAGUAGCAGGGUUCUACCAUGUUAGUCAUACAGCAGCUUGAUGUGAAGUCUCUCUCUCCCCCAGCCUCAGCCAGUAGCAGGGUUCUACCAUGUUAGUCAUACAGCAGCUUGAUGUGAAGUCUCUCUCUCCCCCAGCCUCAGCCAGUAGCAGGGUUCUACCAUGUUAGUCAUACAGCAGCUUGAUGUGAAGUCUCUCUCUCCCCCCAGCCUCGGUUAGUAGCAGGGUUCUACCAUGUUAGUCAUACAGCAGCUUGAUGUGAAGUCUCUCUCUCCCCCAGCCUCGGUUAGUAGCAGGGUUCUACCAUGUUAGUCAUACAGCAGUUUGAUGUGAAGUCUCUCUCCCCCCAGCCUCGGCCAGUAGCAGGGUUCUACCAUGUUAGUCAUACAGCAGCUUGAUGUGAAGUCUCUCUCUCCCCCAGCCUCGGUUAGUAGCAGGGUUCUACCAUGUUAGUCAUACAGUGGUCCUCUGUAGCUCAGCUGGUAGAGCACGGCGCUUGUAACGCCAAGGUACUGGGUUCAAUCCCCGGGACCACCCAUACACAAAAAAAUGUAUGCACGCAUGACUGUAAGUCGCUUUGGAUAAAAGCGUCUGCUAAAUGGCAUAUUAUAUUAUUAUUAUUAUUAUACAGCAGCUUGAUGUGAAGUCUCUCUCUCUCCCCAGCCUCGGUUAGUAGCAGGGUUCUACCAUGUUAGUCAUACAGCAGCUUGAUGUGAAGUCUCUCUCUCCCCCCAGCCUCGGCCAGUAGCAGGGUUCUACCAUGUUAGUCAUACAGCAGCUUGAUGUGAAGUCUCUCUCUCCCCCCAGCCUCGGCCAGUAGCAGGGUUCUACCAUGUUAGUCAUACAGCAGCUUGAUGUGAAGUCUCUCUCUCCCCCCAGCCUCGGUUAGUAGCAGGGUUCUACCAUGUUAGUCAUAUAGCAGCUUGAUGUGAAGUCUCUCUCUCCCCCAGCCUCGGUUAGUAGCAGGGUUCUACCAUGUUAGUCAUACAGCAGCUUGAUGUGAAGUCUCUCUCCCCCCAGCCUCGGCCAGUAGCAGGGUUCUACCAUGUUAGUCAUACAGCAGCUUGAUGUGAAGUCUCUCUCUCCCCCCAGCCUCGGUUAGUAGCAGGGUUCUACCAUGUUAGUCAUACAGCAGCUUGAUGUGAAGUCUCUCUCUCCCCCAGCCUCGGCCAGUAGCAGGGUUCAGAGGCACAGUCCGCUACGCGUCCGUCAACGCACACAAGAACAAGGAGAUGGGUCGUCAUGACGACCUGUGGUCCCUCUUCUACAUGCUGGUGGAGUUCAUGGUUGGACAGUUGCCAUGGAGAAAGAUCAAAGACAAAGUAAGAAUCUAGUCUGAACAUUCCUUCCUGUACACCAACCAAUCAGCAGUCUCAGCCGAACUAAUAGUCAGGAUACAUACGUACAUGACUUGUAAUGGUAACGUUAGCUUUGGCUAACUUGACUUGGCUAGAGGCUGACAGGGACUAACUCAAUAACAUGUCACAGCUCUGACGUCGCUGCAUAUGAAUGUACUCAUGCACCUGUGUACAUAAUUAAAUAAAUAUAUAUAUAUAUAUAUAUAUAUAUAUAUAUAUAUAUAUAUAUAUAUAUAUAAAUAUAUAUAUAUAUAUAUAUAUAUAUAAAUAUAUAUAUACACUGAGUAUACCAAACAUUAGGAACACCUUCCUAAUAUUGAGUUGCCCUCAGAAUAGCCUCAAUUUGUCGGUGCAUGGACUCUACAAUGUGUCGAAAGCGUUCCACAGGGAUGCUGGCCCAUGUUGACUCCAAUGCUUUCCACAGUUGUGUCAAGUUGGCUGGAUGUCCUUUGGGUGCUGGACCAUUCUUGAUACACACGUGAAAAACCCAGCAGCAUUGUAGUUCUUGACACAAGCCGGUGCGCCUGGCACCUACUACCAUACCCUGUUCAAAGGCAUUUAAAUAUUUUGUUACUUAAAUCUCAAUCGUCGUAAGGCAUAAUUUUUUUUAUUUAACCUGUCUCCUCCCCUUCAUCUACACUGAUUGAAGUGGAUUUAAUAACAUCAAUAAGGGAUCAUAAAUUUCGCCUGGAUUCACCUGGUCAGUCUAUGUCAUGAAAAGAGCAAGUAAACUUCAUAAUGUUUUAUACACUCAGUGAAUAUGCCUUUUAGCAGACGCUUUUAUCCAAAGCGACUUACAGUCACCCGUGCAUACAUUUUAUGUAAAGGUGGCCAUGGGAAUCAAACCCACAAUCCUGCCGUUGCAGGCGCCAUGCUCUACCAACUGAGCCAUAGUUCCAUAACAACAUGUGUGAACCCUCCCCAGGAGCAUGUAGGGAAGCUGAAGGACACCUAUGACCACAGGCUCAUGCUGAAACACCUACCUGCUGAGUUCACUGUCUUCCUGGAUCACAUCUCUAACCUGGACUACUUCACCAAACCAGACUAUCAGGUAACAUGACAGAUCUCUCUCCCUUUACCUACUCUGUGUGUGUACAGUAUCGAUGUGUUUUAACGGUUCGAACUAGGCAUUUUGUUACAGUUCCCUGUGUCAAUAUACAUUAAGUCCCAGGAAAUAUUUGUGUAUGUAGUGUAUGUUUUCAGAAUGGCUGAUUGUCUGCAUUAUCUUGGAUUGUCUCCAAAAUGUCAUAGCAAUGAGUGUAUGAAUGUCUGAGCCCUCUUUUUGGAGUACUAAGUAUCUGUCUGUCAGUCAGUCAGUCAGUGAUGUUGUACAAGCUGUUAGGUAUCUCAGGAUAUGACAUCAUGUGACUUUCUGUUGUGUUGUAGCUGCUGAUGUCAGUGUUUGACAACAGUAUGAAGACCUACAACGUGGUGGAGAAUGACCCGUAUGACUGGGAGAGGACUAGAUCUGAUGGUACUCUGACCAUCAACGCUACAGCCACCACACCACAGCACCACACACGCCUCACCCCUGCACACAUGGGGUAAGAGACUGGGAACACACACACACAUGGGGUAAGAGACUGGGAACACACACACAUGGGGUAAGAGACUGGGAACACACACACAUGGGGUAAGAGAUUGGGAACACACACACACAUGGGGUAAGAGACUGGGAACACACACACACACGGGGUAAGAGACUGGGAACACACACACACGGGGUAAGAGACUGGAAACACACACACACACACAUGGGGUAAGAGACUGGGAACACACACACACGGGGUAAGAGACUGGGAAACACACACACACACACACACGGGGUAAGAGACUGGGAACACACACACACAUGGGGUAAGAGACUGGGAACACACACACACAGGGUAAGAGACUGGGAACACACACACACACACACAUGGGGUAAGAGACUGGGAACACACACACACAUGGGGUAAGAGACUGGGAACACACACACACACACACACACACAUGGUUUAAAGAGACUGGGGAACACAUACACACACACGGGGUAAGAGACUGGGAACACACACACACAUGGGGUAAGAGACUGGGAACACACACACACACACACACAUGGUUUAAGAGACUGGGAACACAUACACACACACGGGGUAAGAGACUGGGAACACACACACACACACACAUGGGGGUAAGAGACUGGGAACACACACACACACACACACAUGGGGUAAGAGACUGGGAACACACACACACACACACGGGGUAAGAGACUGGGAACACACACACACACACAUGGGGUAAGAGACUGGGAACACACACACACACACACACACACACACACACACGGGGUAAGAGACUGGGAACACACACACACACACACACAUGGGGUAAGAGACUGGGAACACACACACACACACACACACACAAGGUAAGAGACUGGGAACACACACACACACACACACACACACACAUGGGGUAAGAGACUGGGAACACACACACACACAGAGACUGGGAAUCUUGGAUUAACUGUUUGAAGGUCCACUGAGGGUUCAGGGUUUUCUUGUCUCUUUCACGAUCACACACUUUUAACUUGUUUACCGAAUGAACGAAUGAAUCUACCUGUUGAAUGAAUGAAUGAAUCUACCUGUUGAAUGAAUGAAUGAAUGAAUAUACCUGUUGAAUGAAUGAAUGAAUGAAUGAAUGAAUGAAUGAAUGAAUGGAUGGAUGGAUGGAUGGAUGGAUGGAUGGAUGGAUGGAUGGAUGGAUGAAUACAUUAAUUAAUUAAUUAAUUGAUGAAUGGAUGAACUGUAUGUCAACUUGUAUGGUUUUGUUUUUGGCUCUCUCGAUUGGAUGAUUGUAUCAGCCAAUGAGAGCUAUGAUUAGAACUUAAUUAGCUUUUUUGAUUUGUCUUGUGACAAAUGGAACAAACAAAAAAAUUACAGUAUGUGGAACAAAAAAUGGUAUGGAAAUUACGUUGUAGGUCCCCCCCGUUAGUGACAUCAGAGUAACAUUCCCUCCAUAAUUUCAGCAUGGCCAAUGCAUCCCUGAUCCCUGGGGACCUGGCGAGGGAGAACACAGACGAUGUUCUGCAGGACGAGCAGCUCAGUGACAAUGGGGAGAACAACCCUCCUCCAGACCGCCGCCCCGGAUCCCCCAGCAUGCCCCGGGCCAACCAGGAAGCUGACGUCUGGGAGGAGCUGGACCGCAACCGCAACCGCAUAUUGACCUCAGUCUGGAAGGUAGAGAGGAGCAUACACACACCAGGGUUUCCGUUAGCCGGUAAUAGGCUUUUGAACCCCCCCCCCCCCAAGAUUUGCUGCUAUACUUCCUCAAACAGCUUGUUCGUCGCUGCCGGAGUGAAACGUGCUUUUAUAAGCCCAAUCAUUCUAAACGCAAUCGCGUGUUAAAAACAGUUUUGAUGGCCACGAUUAAAAAUAGCAAAUAUUUGUAUUUCUCAACUGGCAAUUGAAGCUCGCUUCCUAUUGGCCAUUCAAGUGCAUAGGCAACGGUAGGCAGGAUUCAGCGCGUCACACACCAGUUUGCAAUGAGCUGGAGGCAGUAUGCAUUUUGAAAACAUGUACUUAAUUGUUUGAAACCUGAAUGUUUUACUUCAUAUUAUGAGGUAUAUCUUUCCUUCCUUCAAAGUAGCAUAGCCAAAAGUAUUUCAUAAUGACUUCCAUAUGCCAUUGAAACCAGUAGCCUAUUUCUCUCAUGUUCUAUUGGUUUUCAAAUCAACUUUCUUUCAUUGUCCAGUAGUCAACCCAUGCUAGUUGUUGCAUCUUUAGAUCUCUCAUCUUUCUAAAUUUCUAACAGAUAUUUUCAUCUCUGUCACAUGUGUGGUGGACACACACACACACACCAUGAAGACUGAGUUCAACCAUAUACCACUCUAUCCCCUGUUUCCCUCCCCCCUAGGCAGCAACAGAGGAGGAGAACAGCAACAACCAGGGGGGUCUCCAGAGCCCGUACGCCAACCCCAGCCUGGGCUCCCCUGUCCGGGUACACUCUGAGAUGGUGGGGGCCUCAGGGCAGGACGGUGGUGGUCCUCUCCUCAGGAAGCUCCGUAACAUCCACAGCUUUGAGCUGGACAGGAGGCUGACCCUGGAGGCCAAGCCCAGUCAUGAACGCUUCAUGGAGGCAUGGUCAGUACCCCUACUUACCCCCUGUCCUUCUGUACCUUCCUUACUACACUAACAUAACAACCAGGGACUUGAUUCUACUGCAACUCAGUCAAUUCAGGAUAUUCAUCGAGAUUAACAAAAGUUCCUAUACAAGAAUUGAAACGUUUGUUUUAAACUGACUGAAUUUCAAUGGAAUUGACCUCAACCUUGCUAGUGCUAACCCUGCUGCUAACAACCAUACAAUAGCACAGUAACUACUAUGUUAUAAUCUGCCAUCGCCUGACCUGUUCAAUCAGUCGGUGUGUUUCUCCAGCUCAGGGAAUCAGCAGGAGGGCUGUGGGCAGCAGCAGGAGAAGGGGUCUGAGGUAGGCCAGGACCAGGGUCUGGCUGUACCCAAUGGAGGUGCCACAGGACCAGGGCGUGGUGGCACUGACCGAGUCUGGCACUACGAUGAGGAGUUCCUAUCCGGUGGGGGCGCCAGCGGCUCACCCAAACCCAUCUCCCCUCACUCCCACGGGUCUCUGGAGCAGGGUGAGGGGGCCCCCAGCAGCGGAGGCUUCGUGGCCCUCAACCUGAGCUCUGGCCGGGGGGAGGUGGACUCCAGGGAGUGGGUGAUGAUAGAGAGGCCCAGUGGGUCCCCAGGAACAGGGACCGGAAUGGGGGAUAAGGCUACGACCAGUCCCUCCGAGGAGGAAGAAGAGGAGCUGGAGGUGCUGGAGGUACCCCUUGGGGCAGGAGAAGGGUCCACGGGGAACCCCAGUCCUGGUCAGGUCCAUGGGGACAGGGAUGGGGACCUCCAGGGGCUACCAGGGGCCAGCGGAGGAUCCCCCGUAGUGGACAGGCUGGAGCUGAGUGUGGGACCCCUGGGAAGCCUGCCCCCCGUCAACCCCACUAGCCCUGCUGAGGGCCUGGCUGAGGGAGCACUCACACAGGUACAGACCUCAUGGACUAGAUUUACAUACUUCACUGUAAAACAUUUAACUAUUACAUACCUCACUGUAAAACACUUCACUAUUACAUACCUCACUGUAAAACACUUCAUUAUUACAUACCUCACUGUAAAACACUUCACUAUUACAUACUUCACUGUAAAACACUUCACUAUUACAUACUUCACUGUAAAACACUUCACUAUUACAUACCUCACUGUAAAACACUUCAUUAUUACAUACCUCACUGUAAAACACUUCACUAUUACAUAUUUCACUGUAAAACACUUCACUAUUACAUACCUCACUGUAAAACACUUCAUUAUUACAUACCUCACUGUAAAACACUUCACUAUUACAUACUUCACUGUAAAACACUUCAUUAUUACAUACCUCACUGUAAAACACUUCACUAUUACAUAUUUCACUGUAAAACACUUCACUAUUUCAUACCUCACUGUAAAACACUUCAUUAUUACAUACCUCACUGUAAAACACUUCACUAUUACAUAUUUCACUGUAAAACACUUCACUAUUACAUACCUCACUGUAAAACACUUCACUAUUACAUACUUCACUGUAAAACACUUCACUAUUACAUACCUCACUGUAAAACACUUCAUUAUUACAUACCUCACUGUAAAACACUUCACUAUUACAUAUUUCACUGUAAAACACUUCACUAUUACAUACCUCACUGUAAAACACUUCACUAUUACAUACCUCACUGUAAAACACUUCACUAUUACAUACCUCACUGUAAAACACUUCACUAUUACAUACUUCACUGUAAAACACUUCACUAUUACAUACCUCACUGUAAAACACUUCACUAUUACAUACCUCACUGUAAAACACUUCACUAUUACAUAUUUCACUGUAAAACACUUCACUAUUACAUACCUCACUGUAAAAGACUUCACUAUUACAUACUUAACUGUAAAACACUUCACUAUUACAUACCUCACUGUAAAACACUUCAUUAUUACAUACCUCACUGUAAAACAUUUCACUAUUACAUACCUCACUGUAAAACACUUCACUAUUACAUGCCUCACUGUAAAACACUGCACUUUUACAUACCUCACUGUAAAACACUUCACUAUUACAUACCUCACUGUAAAACACUUCACUAUUACAUACCUCACUGUAAAACACGUCACUAUUACAUACCUCACUGAAAAGCACUUCACUAUUACAUACAGUACCUCACUGUAAAACACUUCACUAUUACAUACCUCAGUAUAAAACAGUUCACUAUUACAUACAGUACCUCACUGUAACACACUUCACCAUAACACAACUCACGCAGGUCAAGACAUAUCAUGCAAUGUACACAGAUAGAGUAAUACACCUUAACACAGAACUAUACACAAUAAGACACUUCAUUCAUCUAGGUCAACAGUAGCAUCUUGCAGUAGUUUAAAGUAAAAUGUGAUCGUGGUCUCUUAUGUCAUGUGAGCUUGUUUGUUUGCUUGUGUGAGCUUGAUAAAAGGAAGGAUACUCCUCAGACAGUGGUUUUGUUUGAGAGAGGCCGUUGCUUGAAAAAGCGGUUUGAUUUGCAUUUGAAAGAGCGGUUUGAUUUGCAUUUGAUAUCAUUAUUUGCUCUUUAUUUAUAACUUUAAUUUUCUAUGUUGAUUUAUCUACACUUGAGUUUUUGUCCUGGGUUGACCCUUUCUCAAAUGGUGCUGUCUGAGGAAACAGAUAGUACACCUGUGUGAUUCCUCUAAGGAGACGUUUGAGAUCUCAGAAUUCCUCCCACCUCGACGCCCGCUCCCUUUAAGUUCUAAAUAUAUGCUAUACUCCUCCCCCUCUCUCACCCCCACUCCUAUCCGCCCCUGUCCCCCACUCUAUUCCUCCGCCAUCCCACUCCGUCCUCUCUCUCUUCCCACUUUACUCUAUCUUUUCAAAUCAUCUCCCCUCUUUCACCACCUUCCCUCUCUUUCCACUCUCCCUCCACACUACUUCUCCCUCUCCCUCUUCUCUCCCACCCCCUCUCCCUUGUUCCAUCUCCCUCCUUCCCUCUCCCCCUCUCCCUCACCUCCACCUCCCCCUCUACCUCCUCUCUCUUAGCUCCCUACCUCUCCUCCGUCUCUGCCUGAGGAGAUGUUGGCCAGGACGUCUAGUCCCCUGCUCCUGCGUUCCCCCAGCCCGCACACCCAGACCCUCCUCACCACCCUGUCGGACCCCCUGCACCAGAGGGACCCCCCUGGGAUGAGGCGCAGCUACUCAGCCGAUCACCACCACCAGUACCUCCUCCGUCCCACCUCCUCUUCCUCCUACCACACCUCUCUACUGCCACCUCCUCACCCUGGCCUCGGUUCCGCCCGUAACCAAUCGUCCGCCGGGCGCAGGAAACUGCCAGCUAUCCCGGCGGGCGCCGCCAACAGCAAGUUCCCUUCCGUUAUACGCAUCACACGCGCCCAACUCCAGCAGGUGAUUGACCAAUCCACCAACGGGGCCACGAACCAAUCAGACGUCUCUAUCUUAACCAUAACACACCGCCUACCUAACUCCCUCCACUAUUAGUUACUAGUUUUUAAAUAGUUUGGCUUGGUUGUUCUUUUUGUUUCCUUUUGCUGCUAGUGUGUUAGUUGUGUUGUGCUGUGUUGUGCUGUGUUGUUGUGUUGUUGUUGUGUUGUGUUGUUGUUGUCGUCAGGCAGGCUGCUUCUCCAGAGAACAGCAGGUCAUUGUGAUGCAGACAGAGCAUGCUCAGAUCCAUGUGUCCUUGUGUCAGGGGAAGGGUUGGGGUCAAUUCAGAGUGGAAAUGAAAUUGCAAUUACACUUUUCUUCAUUGCGUGACAGGGACCUUUGUUUUGGUGGAUUGUCUCUCUCUUUUGUUCUUUCAUUUCCUCCCGUUCUCUCUCUCUUUUUGUUACUGACCCUGACUCCCUCUCUCUUUUGUAGUCCCCUGAUUGGUUGUGUGAAUGUUUUUGUUCUUGUUGCAGACCUGGGUUAAAUACAUGUGUCAAAUACUUGAGUGGUGCUUGAUUAAGCAUUUCAGGCACAAUGGAAUAGUCCCAAAACUCCAAGCUAAAUCAAAUACAUUAUAGAUUUGACCCAGGUCUGUCUUGUUGCUUUUUUGAUACCAACUAACAGCUUGACUGGCAUUGCCUUGAUGAUGCUGUGUCAUGUUAUGAUCAUGUUAUGAUCUCCAUUCAAUCUUUUCACAUGAUCUCUUACAAUGCAAUCAUUGACUCAUUUCUUGUGUAAACCAGCAUAUCUGACGGAUAGAGAGACGAAAGCGUCGCGCAGAGAGAGCGCCCGAGCAGAGCGAAGCGCGAAGACGGAGAGAGCAGAGAGAGAGAGAGAGAGCUCCAUCUAGCGAGAGACGCAUGAGAGAAAGAUGAGAGAGAAAAACAAACGCUCGAUACGUGAUCUUUCGCUCUCUCUCAGUCCGUGCCCCCACUCUCUAUCUAUCUAUCUCUCUUCUCCUCUAUCUCUCUCUCCUCUCUCUCUCUCUCUCUCCCCAACCCCCCUCCCCCCUCUACCUAUCUCUCCAUUUCCCUCGCUUUGAGGUGACAGACUCAGCAGUCACAGUCUGGCUCAGACAGUGCUCCACAGUGCCUCCAGCUGGAGAGACGAGGUGAUGCAGCAGCUGAGGCCCAGCAGGCCCAGGAUAAUACUGAUACCGCUGACAUCCACGUCCUGCCCACCCCUACCCACACCCCUAGCCAGCCCGGCAGCCCCACCACCCUGGAUGACCUCCUGGCAGAUACCCUGAUCAAUGGAGGAGACACCCAUUCCCAGACCUACACCAAAGCCCACAGCCCUGUGCCAAGCCGAGUGUCCUCUCCUCGCUCCCCCCGCUCUCCUCAUUCUCCACGUUCUAAUUCCCCUCACUCCCCCCGCUCCCCCCACAGCCCACUGUUAGGCCUAGUCAACGGCCAUCUGUCUCCCCCAUUUAACGGCCAGGGAGACGGCAGUGGCAGUGGAGCCUUCCCAGAGCUCAAAGACCCUGAGAGUGACCAGCCCCAGCCAGACAGGGGAGAUGGGGUGGAAACCACUGACCAAGCCCCAGCUCUGACCACCCCCUCCCCGCCGUCCUCUCCCCGUAAAGACCCCUCCUGCAGGCUGAGCCGUAUCCCCGUCCUGGAGCACUCCGUCCUGCUGGACCUUCUCCCCACCCCUGGCUCUGCCAUGGAGAAGCUGCUUCAGAAGAAAGCCCACCACCACCAGGGAGGAGGCCACCAUCCCACCGCCUCUCCCUCUAUCUCCCAUCACGGCCCUGUCGUGGCCUCGCUCCCCCGCGGGGAACAGCUGUCCUCUGCCUCAGACCGCUCUGAGAUGGCCGAUGAGUCGUUCCUGGGCUCACGCUCCGACUGCCAGGGGGAUGAUGCCCCCUCCCUCUCCUCCUCCUCCAGCCCCCUGUCCCGUAAGAGCAGGAUCCCGCGGCCCUUUAACCCUCCUAACCCAUCCCGAGAGAAGGAGAGAGCUGCUCAGUACCUACCACGCCCACCCCCGGGGAGACCACCCAGUCGACCUGCAGCGGAGGGCAGGUAAUAUGACUUCAUGAUUAGCUUUAAUUACAUGUUUAUCUCAUCUAUCAUAGUAACCUGGUUCCGGGUCUGUUGGUGCUGUCUUGCCGCUUAUAUGUUCAUUGCCAUGCCAAUGUUUGGAGUUGGCAAGACAGCACCAACAGAUCUGGAAUGAGGCUACUAUCAUUAACUGAAUUACUCUCAUUUUGCCUUAAUGAUCUACAUUUAAAAUGUAUAUCUAAAGUUCUAAACCCAUUCUCCAUCUUCCCUAAACCCCACCCCCUUCCUCCACCCAAGACUGAGGCAUUAUCGGAUCCGAGCGGGCAGCUCCAGUGACUCAGACCUCCUGACCUGCCUGUCCCAGCUGAUGCACCAUGGUCAGGGUGGUGGUUCUGCCCGCGGCUCCCCCCACCAUGGCCGUUCCUCAGCCCAGCAUGUAGGGUCCCGGAUGGGCGUGUGUAGCCUGACCAGCUCCCCCCACCACCAUCACCACCGGAGCUCCAGUGCCUCCCCACGCAGCUGUUCCUCUCUACAGCGCUCUGUCUCCUCCUCUCCCUCUCGCCACGAACACCGCGGGGGAGAGAGAGGCGGAGGGGUUUGUUUCGGUCGCUCCUGCUCUCCUCCCAACUUCUCUGGGUCCCCCCCUCCUCCCCGGCGCUCCUACCCUCACCACCAGGAGAUUUGCUGCGGCCGCCAGGCCCGCACCGGUACCCUCCACCACCACGCCCUCAAGUGGAAAGUCUGUAGCCACGAGGAGAGAGAGAGGAAGUGCUCCAGCAAGCUGAGCAGCAGAUAGUGGGUCACUGCUCUGGCCCUGGUCCUAGCCUGACCCAUAGAAACCUCUGGGCCCGUUUAUUCAAGGGUCUCAGAGUAGGACUGCUGAGCUAGGAUCGGUUUUGCCUUUUAGGUUAUAGUGAAUAAGAUUACAUAGACAAUCGUAUUCAUUAUGACCUAAAAGGUUAAACUGAUCUUAGAUCAGUAGUCCUAUUGUGAGAUGCUUUAUGAGUAUGGCCUGGGGGUCAGUGUCGUUGCCACAGCAGAGUGUGGGAUCAGGAUGUUGAUCCAGACCAAACAAUCAUGCUCUGGAUCACUGAAGACCUGAGGCUCCUGUCAGAGAAUACUGACCUUAAUGUCCCUCCUCUCCUCCUCUGUCAGUUUCUCUCUCUCUCUCUCUCUCUCUCUCUCUCUCUCUCUCUCUCUCUCUCUCUCUCUCUCUCUCACUUGUAAUCCUUCACACUUUCUUCUCUAAUUCCUUCCAUUUUGUCAUUGUUUAGUCACUAAUUCAUAUGCCCAUGUUAAUUGUUCAUACCUCAUGCGAAAAGGAUCUAUGUGCAUUGUGCUGUGUAUAAGAUUUUGGGGUUCUUACUUGUGGGGUGUUUUCCCUCUCAUCAGUGAAGUGAACACACUUAGCCCUCUUCCACUGACCGUAGAUCAGUCAGUGGAUGAGCACUCAUUUAUUCAUCACUAACCAAUUGAAUAUAGACUCAGUCUAUUCUGUUUCCUCUGUAUUGACCUGGGGAGUGCAGGGUAUAGCAGGUCUACAUGUAUGGCCAUGAAGCUCUAGAGAAAUGUACACUAUCUACAGAUCCUAUUUAUUUACAUCUUGACGCACCUGUCACACCAGGUACACACUAACUGAUGACAUUAUCGAUUGAUGUGUCCUCUCUCUCUCUCUCUCUCUCUCUCUCUCUCUCUCUCUCUCUCUCUCUCUCUCUCUCUCUCUCUCUCUCACUCUGACAUCAGAUGAACAGUAUAGUGAGUGUUCUAAAGCAAUCAAUCGAUCAACGAAAGAAGUGACCAGUCUUUUGAGAAGGAAGUGAUCCUUCCUUUAAUACAAUCAUAUGAAGUGUGUGUGUGUGCUCACACACGUACUUGUGCCUGUUGUUUUGACUGAUCUGGGGAAUCUACAUGUCAAACUAAAUGUGUGAUUGAACACCAGUCACUGGGCCUUGGUUCCCUUAGUAUCCUCCUCUUAAGAAUGGAGUCUGACUUUGUGACCCAAUUCUUUACCCUUCUGCCCUGGGCUUAAUAGGAAAGGAAUGGUGUAAGAGAUAUAAUGGCAACCCUCUCUGGCCUUGCCCAUGCUUACAACAACCCAAUUAAUUUAAAUAUAUGGAUGGGGGGAGAAUUGUGAUGCCUGCUGAUAGCUCUUAUGGUACUCAUUACUACACUAGUAGUGAAUACAAGACAACACUAAGUUAUUAUUAUUAAUGUAUAAUGUGUGCCUUGCCUUGGCACUUUGGGCAGCUUCUGGUUUCAAUACAAUGUACAUUUCUGAUUUUUAUUCAAGGAGCCUAAUAAGACUAAUUUGUGCCAGCUGCAAAAACAGACAGUCCUCUUCAUGUGAGUGCAGCAGUAUUAUUCACUGCAAGGACAAGGAAGCAAAGUGAAUGUUUUUAUUUGAUUUAUUCAGACAAUAUUUGAAGAAAGAUCAUUUUUAUUUAUGAUAUUAAAGAAAGGAAAUGUUUUAAACUAAAACGUAGAUAUCCUGUUUUGAAUAAAGUUGAGGACAGGUCCAACAUUUAUGUCAAAUAAUAUACUAAUUAUGCCAGUGUUUCCCAACUCCAGUCCUCCAGUACCCCUAACUCCAGUCCUCCAGUACCCCCAACGCCAGUCCUCCAGUACCCCCAACGCCAGUCCUCCAGUACCCCCAACGCCAGUCCUCCAGUACCCCCAACGCCAGUCCUCCAGGACCCCCAACGCCAGUCCUCCAGUACCCCCAACGCCAGUCCUCCAGUACCCCCAACUCCAGUCCUCCAGUACCCCCAACUCCAGUCCUCCAGUACCCCCAACGCCAGUCCUCCAGGACCCCCUACAGGACACAUUUUUGUUGUAGCCCCGGACAAACAUACCUGAUUUAAUUCAUUGAGGGUUUGAUGAUUAGUUGACAAGUUGAAUCAGGUGUGCUUGUCCAGGACAUACUGUUGGGGGUACUGGAGGACUGGCGUUGGGGGUACUGGAGGACUGGAGUUGGGGGUACUGGAGGACUGGAGUUGGGGGGUACUGGAGGACUGGAGUUGGGGGGUACUGGAGGACUGGCGUUGGGGGUACUGGAGGACUGGCGUUGGGGGGUACUGGAGGACUGGCGUUGGGGGUACUGGAGGACUGGAGUUGGGAAACACUGAUUUAUGCCAUAUAAAUAUCACAUACCAAAUCAAUGUUUCAAACUUCCAAAGGAUAAAAAAACAUGCGAAGAAUAAUGUUUUCUUUGUUUUGUAAUGACAUGUUUUGUGCACUUUACCUCAAACAGUUAAUGUAUUGUUUGAGAACCAAACCCAUUUUCUUUACUUCAUAAAGACUCAAUGAACACUAUCACGUAAAACCUCCCUCACUUGACCUUAGUUCUACCUACUACACCCUCUCCCCUAGCCUGAAAUCCAGAACCGGUUUUGUGCUGACAUUCCACUCCUUGUACAUGUCAUUGUCAAGCAUUGGCAGGACAAGGAGUGGAAUGAUAGCAGAAACUGAUACGCAGGCUUCCUCUCCCCACCCCUCUGCUUGUAACAUACUGUAACAUAACUAACUCCUGCUUCCGCUACUACUACUCCUUGCAUGCUCUGCCUACCGAGAAAAUAGAAAAACAAUCAACCAAUCAGUGAAGUAAGCAGCAUACCAGUUCCCAUAAUGCACUGUGAUUGUCUGAAAGGGAAUUAUGUUUCAUGUUAGAUAGUACGGUAUGUAUUUUGGUUGGAAUAUUUCCUUUGCUUAGUUUUCCCUUUCUUCUCAUGAUGAUCACGCUUCACUCUUAUCGUCCUAUCUGGCCCACAGCAUUGAUCUGGUUUCCUAGCUCUCCAAAGAUCACGUCCUAGGACUACUGUACUGACUGAUUAAUACACCUAAUAAAGGAACAACUGUAUUUAUUUUUUACAUCGGUCUGACUGGCUUAUUAUCAUGAUGUGACACAUGCAUAGUAUGGUCUGAUUGGCUUAUUAUCAUGAUGUGACACAUGCAUAGUAUGGUCUGAUUGGCUUAUUAUCAUGAUGUGACACAUGCAUAGUAUGGUCUGAUUGGCUUAUUAUCAUGAUGUGACACAUGCAUAGUAUGGUCUGAUUGGCUUAUUAUCAUGAUGUGACACAUGCAUGGUAUGGUCUGAUUGGCUUAUUAUCAUGAUGUGACACAUGCAUAGUAUGGUCUGAUUGGCUUAUUAUCAUGAUGUGACACAUGCAUAGUAUGGUCUGAUUGGCUUAUUAUCAUGAUGUGACACAUGCAUGGUAUGGUCUGAUUGGCUUAUUAUCAUGAUGUGACACAUGCAUGGUAUGGUCUGAUUGGCUUAUUAUCAUGAUGUGACACAUGCAUAGUAUGGUCUGAUUGGCUUAUUAUCAUGAUGUGACACAUGCAUAGUAUGGUCUGAUUGGCUUAUUAUCAUGAUGUGACACAUGCAUGGUAUGGUCUGAUUGGCUUAUUAUCAUGAUGUGACACAUGCAUAGUAUGGUCUGAUUGGCUUAUUAUCAUGAUGUGACACAUGCAUAGUAUGGUCUGAUUGGCUUAUUAUCAUGAUGUGACACAUGCAUAGUAUGGUCUGAUUGGCUUAUUAUCAUGAUGUGACACAUGCAUGGUAUGGUCUGAUUGGCUUAUUAUCAUGAUGUGACACAUGCAUAGUAUGGUCUGAUUGGCUUAUUAUCAUGAUGUGACACAUGCAUAGUAUGGUCUGAUUGGCUUAUUAUCAUGAUGUGACACAUGCAUAGUAUGGUCUGAUUGGCUUAUUAUCAUGAUGUGACACAUGCAUGGUAUGGUCUGAUUGGCUUAUUAUCAUGAUGUGACACAUGCAUAGUAUGGUCUGAUUGGCUUAUUAUCAUGAUGUGACACAUGCAUAGUAUGGUCUGAUUGGCUUAUUAUCAUGAUGUGACACAUGCAUGGUAUGGUCUGAUUGGCUUAUUAUCAUGAUGUGACACAUGCAUAGUAUGGUCUGAUUGGCUUAUUAUCAUGAUGUGACACAUGCAUAGUAUGGUCUGAUUGGCUUAUUAUCAUGAUGUGACACAUGCAUGGUAUGGUCUGAUUGGCUUAUUAUCAUGAUGUGACACAUGCAUAGUAUGGUCUGAUUGGCUUAUUAUCAUGAUGUGACACAUGCAUAGUAUGGUCUGAUUGGCUUAUUAUCAUGAUGUGACACAUGCAUAGUAUGGUCUGAUUGGCUUAUUAUCAUGAUGUGACACAUGCAUAGUAUGGUCUGAUUGGCUUAUUAUCAUGAUGUGACACAUGCAUAGUAUGGUCUGAUUGGCUUAUUAUCAUGAUGUGACACAUGCAUAGUAUGGUCUGAUUGGCUUAUUAUCAUGAUGUGACACAUGCAUAGUAUGGUCUGAUUGGCUUAUUAUCAUGAUGUGACACAUGCAUAGUAUGAAUAACAUGUGAAGAGGAAAAGACUUGCCUUAAUCUAAAGUAUUUGCAUCAUACAACCAAUACACAGUGUGGCAAGAUCUACUGUAAUUCCGCAGUAUGAGAUGAAUAUGUAAUGAGAUACUGUAUGUCAAGUGGAUUGUUUUACUUGGUCCAUUGUGGUAGAUGUUUUUGGUACCUGCCUACAGUCUGGUGGCAUUCCAGGUCGCUUACAUUGCAGACAGGUUGAUACAGAUCUGAUUGAACUAAGAUCUCUACAAAUGUGAAAGAGAGUAGUGUUUAACAUUGCAGGAACCCCAUCAAUGACUAAAUGAUCUGAUGAUCUGUGCAACAUGUAGGCAACCUGGAACGCCCCCUCUUUCUCACAGAGCAACAUGUAAGCAGCCUGGACCCCCCCCCCCCCCCCUGUCUCACAGCAGCUAUGAUAGGACUCAUUCCAAGGCAGACACAGACAGUGUUCAGUCAGUCGCCUUAAUCAUGUAUUUUCUCUUCUCUUCCCCUGGCUGUGUGUAAAGCAAGGGAUGACUGAACUGUGUCUGUCUGUUUGUCUACUCUGUGCUGAGGAUCACUCCACUGCUUAGCCCCAACCUACUGUCAGGUUCCUCCCAUAGACUGUAGAAGGUUCUCCCUUUCCGUCCUUGACAGGUGUGUUCAAAUCAAAUCAAAUUUUAUAUGUCACAUGCGCCGAAUACAACAGAUGUAGACUUUACAGUGAAAUGCUUACUUACGAUCCCUUUCCCAACAAUGCAGAGUCAAAAAGUAAGAAUAAUUAGCUAAAUAACAAAGGGAAAUAGUAACAGUAAAAUAACAGUAACGAGACUAUAUACAAGGAGUACCGGUGACCGAGUCAAGGUGCAGGGGUAUGAGGUAACUGAGGUAAAUGUACAUGUUGGUAGGGGUAAAAGUGACUAGGCAAUCAGGAUAGAUAAUAAACAGAGUAGCAGCAGCGUAUGUGAAGCGUGUGAAAGUAUGACUGUGUGUGUGUGUGUGUGUGUGUGUGUGUGUGUGUGUGUGUGUGUGUGUGUGUGUGUGUUGUCCUGCCUUUACAGAUCUGUGGGAACUAUUUCUCCAGCAAAUUAGAGCCAGAUUGUUGGUGUUUAGCUUUCAGAUAGAUAGCUUUGCUUUCUGUUGGCAGCUCUGUUCUUAUUGGCCCGUUUGGCCCAAUCAAGUUGUCCAUUAACUGGACAGAAUGCGUGACUUCAACGUCAGUAACCAGUGAGAUGUGUCUGGAUUCUGGAAUCAGAACCGAGGUUGAGUGUUCUAAGGGUUUUAAAUUCCUCUUGGGUGUAUGAUAAAGGUCUGUUUUUACAUCCAGAGAUUGUGACGUGAACGUCCAUAUAAUAGUACCACACUAAGCAGUGUUGAGCUAUCUUUUAAAUCCUAGGCUAUAUUCGAUACUUCCAUAAGCUAACUAACUGCAGCUUUUAAUAUAUAAACAGUAAAAAGUAUUCAUUUCAAAGAUCAUCUUGAUGAACCAUAACACAUUGCUUCAGUAAAGGCUUCAGUAAAAGGGAAGAGCUAAAGGAAUAAACAGUGAUGCCAAUAAUCAAUCAAUUUUUUAUAUUGGUAUUUUAUUGUUAUUGUUGCACAAACAAAGUGGUAUAUUGUUACUUUCCUGCCUGAGAUUAUGAUUUGUUACUGACUGUAUGGUGGUGUGAUUUGUAAAGGUGUCACAGCCUGCCUGUAUCUGCGCUCCAAUGAUUGUACUUCAUUCAUGGCCAGGUCACAGAUACUGUGUUGUUGGACGUUUUUGGGCCAAUAGGCUAAACAUCUAAAAAACAACAACAACAAACAACAAGAAAUUGAUUUUAUUGAUAUAUUGGGUAUAUGGAUGCUCAUCGUUGACACCCAUUGCCUGUGUGGCUUCAGUUUUAGAUAUUUCUUGAAAUGGUUCACGUUUUAGUCCUGUGUUGCAACGGUUUUGAAAUGUGUGUACAGUCACAAGGAAAGACUGUAACAAGGGGAAGAUCUACAUUGUACAUAAUUGUAAUUAAUUAUGUUUAUUUUAUCAUUUGUACCAUAUCAAUGGCUUGUACAGUGUUUUUUUCUGUUCGUUUAAAAUUAUUUUGUAUUUUAUUUUUAUAAACUGGUUAUAAAUAAAAUACUAAUUCAGCAUGCAGAAAAAUAAUACACCUGACUGUUUGCUUAUUUCUUUUCAUUGAGAAGUGGUCCAGUGACAGGUAGAUGGUAUUCGAACAGGUUCGAUUUGAAUUCUGUUUACUCGAUUCUCAGCCAUAGAAAGCAAUCUGACAGUAAGCCUACAGAACCAGUACUACAGCGCCCCCCAGUGCAAUGCGCCAACAUUGGGGAAAGUCUGA